CCCGCGCAGGGCGGCGUCGACGUGAACAUCAGGAACACCUACAACCAGACGGCGCUGGACAUCGUGAACCAGUUCACCACCUCGCACGCCAGCAAGGACAUCAAGCAGCUGCUGAGAGAGGCAUCAGGAAUCCUGAAGGUCCGAGCUUUGAAGGAUUUUUGGAACCUACAUGACCCUACUGCUCUCAAUGUCCGGGCAGGAGAUGUCAUCACGGUCCUGGAGCAGCACCCAGACGGGCGAUGGAAGGGGCACAUCCAUGACACUCAGAAAGGCACUGAUCGGGUUGGGUACUUCCCCCCCUCCAUCGCUGAAGUCAUCAGCAAGCGAACAGGCAUGGUUGUGCCCCGCGUGCCGCCCACGCACCAGCGCCAGGGUCCCCCCCUCGGCGGGCUGCAGCACCUCCCAGACGAGGGUCCUCACCAGGCAGCCCCAAGCGUCCCAGCGGCCUAUGGCCACCUCACCCUAACCCGGAUGGCCCCAGGCCCUGACAGCUCAGGCAUCGGCAGCAUCCGCAGUGCCGGCAGCGGCCAGAGCACCGAGGGCACCAACGGGCAGAGCACCAGCAUCCUCAUCGAGAACGCCAGGCCGCUGCCCUCCGCUGGCGAUGACCUCCAGCAGCAGCUUUUGGGAUCGGAGCCACCCUCUCUGCCAGGGCCACAGAGCCACCAGACCCCAGGCAGCUGCCCCCCUGGAGACAGGGGCUUCUCCCACCAGUACUUGCGGCCUGAGCAGCUCCUCGAGGGGAAGGACGCAGAAGCCAUUUACAACUGGCUGAGUGAGUUCCAGCUGGAGUCGUACACUGCCAACUUCCUUAACGCCGGCUACGACGUCCCCACCAUCAGCCGCAUGACCCCGGAGGAUCUGACAGCCAUCGGCGUGACCAAGCCGGGCCAUAGGAAGAAGAUCUCCACCGAGAUCAGCCAGCUCACCAUCGCCGAAUGGCUGCCCAACUACAUCCCGGCUGACCUGAUGGACUGGCUCAGUGCCAUCGGGUUGCCCCAGUACCACAAAAAGCUGGUGAACAAUGGCUAUGACUCCAUCACCAUCGUGACAGACCUAACGUGGGAGGAUCUGCAAGAGAUUGGCAUCAACAAACUGGGCCACCAAAAGAAGAUCAUGCUGGCUGUCAAGAAGCUCAGAGACCUCCGCAAAAGCCUCAACCAAGCAGAAGCAACCCUGGCAAGACGCAAAGUUCCCGGUGCCCUGGAUAUUGUCACCAUCGAGUCGCUGGAGAAUGGAGAGUGCCAGUCCCCACACACCCCCAAAAUGACAACCUUCCAGGACAGCGAGCUCAGCUAUGAGCUCCAGACGGCCAUGUCCAACAGCUGUCACGAGACGCUGGGCAUUAAGAGCAGCCAGGGGAUGUCACGGAGCCAGGAGAGCAUCGGGGUGCGGUCCCGGGGCUCGGGGCACUCUCAGGACAACGUGCUGUCCCGGCACCUCUCCAGCCCCUCACAGGAGAGCCUGGGCAGCGGGGAGAGCAGCAGCAGCAGUGGCGGGCAGCCCUGCGCGCCACCCCGCAUCAAGGGGCCCCACGCCAGCCUGCGGGGGCAACCCAGUCCCGAGCCCCACGGGAAGCUUGUGUCACCCGAGGGGUUGAACGGCUAUGCCAACGGCGGCGGGGGCAGUCCUCUCAAGGAGAGGAACCUGCCCGAAGGCACGGAUCAGUACGCCCGGCCGGCAGCUCAGAAAUGUGCCGGGACGCCGGCAGUCACCCCGUGCACUCCUCCCCAGACCCCCAGCAAAGCAAUGGCCCCGUAUGUCUUCAUGUACCCACACGUCUCCUUGAAAUCCCCACCGGGCACUUCCCUCCUGGGAGCAGAGCAGCCCAAGGCCCUGGUGCACCC